UUGAAAGAACAUGUAAGGAUACACACAGGUGAGAAACCAUUUGAAUGUGAACAUUGUGGAAAGAAGUACAUUCAAAGGAACGAUUUGACAAGGCAUUUAAGGAUACACUCGGGAGAGAGACCAUUUGAAUGUGAACAUUGUGGAAAAAAGUUUAAACUAAGUUGCCAUUUGAAAUCACAUGUAAGGAUACACAACAAAGAGAGACCAUUUGAAUGUGAAAACUGUGGGAAGAAAUUUUCCCAAAGUAGCAAUUUGAAAGAACAUGUAAUUAUACACAAUGGAGAGACACCAUAUGAAUGUAAACAUUGUGGAAAGAAGUUUAGUAAUAGUAGUCAUUUGAAAAUCCAUAUACGGAUACACACAGGAGAAAGGCCAUUUGAGUGUGAACAUUGUGAAAAGAAGUUUAUUUCUGGUACUGCUUUGAGAAGUCACUUAAGGAUACACACGAGAGAGAGAGACCAUUUAAAUGUGAACUUUGAGGAAAGAAGUUUGUUAAUAAAGACACUUUGAAAAAGCAUUUAGAAUACAGUAGAGAGACCAUAAUUAUGUGAACAUUGUGAAAAAAAGUUUAAAAAUCAUAGUACAGGUACUAUGAAAAUGCAUGUAGCCAUACUGUACAUACAGACGUAUCAAGUAAAUGUCUAUAGCAGACAUAUAUUAAGAUAAAUGGAUGUGACAUACCUUA